AUGUCGAUCGGCACCCUGUCGCCCGCCUCCUACACCCGCUCGAGCGCCUCUACGCGCCCUGCACCCGUGCCGAUUAACUUCGGCCGUUCCUACACCCGCCGCUCUUCCUCGCCCGUCGAGCGUAUAGCACGCCUGGUCCGCGACCGCGAUGACCCUACCUUCGCCGCCGUAACUAUUAUUUUAGAGGGGGAGGAUAAGGAGGAGGAGGUCGUGGAAUAA